AUGAUACCACGAUUUAUUAUAUCAGCACGUUUACGUAGUGCAUUUAAAGCAUGUGUUACUGGUGGUUUCAUUUUUGUUGGUGCCAAUAUAUAUCUUGGUAGUGAACGCUUUUAUGAAGAAAUAUUUAUGCCAACAUUACGAUAUAUUGAUCCAGAAAAAAUUCAUGAUUUAUCAAUUCAAAUGGCUAAACAUGGACUUGUUCCUCAAAUGAAAUCUGUUGAUGAUCCUAUUUUGGCACGUUUACGUAGUGCAUUUAAAGCAUGUGUUACUGGUGGUUUCAUCUUUGUGGGUGCCAAUAUAUAUCUUGGUAGUGAACGCUUUUAUGAAGAAAUAUUUAUGCCAACAUUACGAUAUAUUGAUCCGGAAAAAAUUCAUGAUUUAUCAAUUCAAAUGGCUAAACAUGGACUUGUUCCUCAAAUGAAAUCUGUUGAUGAUCCUAUUUUGCAUUCAACUGUAUGGAAUCGUGAAUUCAAAAAUCCAAUUGGUCUUGCAGCUGGCUUUGAUAAAAAUGGUGAAGCAAUUGAUGGUUUAAGUAAAUUUGGAUUUGGUUUCAUUGAAAUUGGUAUAUUCAUUUCUAUCGUUCAAAAAUGUUUAAUAUUUAUUUUACAUAAAGGAACAAUCACACCUAAACCACAAUCCGGUAAUGAAAAACCUCGAUUAUUUCGUCUUACUGAAGAUCGAGCUAUAAUAAAUCGUUAUGGAUUUAACAAUGAUGGUUAUGAAGCAGUUCGUGCUCGUCUUAUUGACUACCGUCAACGUACAAAUGCUAAUAAAGAUAGUAAGUAG